AUGAGUGGCAGUAUAGAGAACAAGGUUGUAAUAAGGGAAUACAAUGAAGACAGGGAUAUUAAAGUGGUGGGGAAGCUUGAGAGGAAGUGCGAGAUAGGAUCUAAUAAGGAAGUUUCCAUUUUCACCAACAUGAUGGGCGACCCUCUAUCUAGGAUUAGGUUCUAUCCUGUUCAUGUUAUGCUGGUUGCCGAGCUGCGUGAAAAUGGGGAGCUUGUCGGUGUAGUGAAAGGAUGCAUCAAAUGUGUGGGGACUAGAUUUGGAGCAUCAUAUGUAAGGUUGGGCUGCAUCCUAGGCCUUCGAGUUUCUCCUAGACAUCGACGAAUGGGGAUCGGGCUGGAACUUGUCAAGUCAGUUGAAGAAUGGCUGAUAGGAAAUGGGGCACACUAUACUUUCCUAGCAACUGAAAAGAACAAUGUGGCCUCUACGAAUCUCUUCAAUUCCAAGUGCAAUUACAUGAACUUUACCUCAUUGGUCAUAUUUGUGCAACCAGCCAGUCUUCCUGUAAAGGGCCUGUCUCAAGACAUAAAAAUAGAGAAGCUGCAAACAGACCAGGCCAUUUUUUUGUACAACAAUAAGUUCAAGAGCAAGGACAUAUAUCCAACCGACGUUGAUGCUAUCUUGAAGGAAAAGCUGAGCAUUGGUACAUGGGUAUCUUAUUUUAAAGAAGAAGAAUGGAUUACUUUGCACAGUAAUGAAAGGAAUGAAGACAUCAUCACUAGAACUCCAAGUUCUUGGGCUAUGUUUAGCAUAUGGAAUUCUUGUGAGGCGUACAAGCUUCAUAUAAGAAAGUCUCAUCAUCCGUUCAAGUUUUUUCACGCAACUUUAAGCCAUGCAAGAGAUAAGAUUUUCCCUUGCCUUAAAUUCCCAAUAUGUCACUCGCUACAGAAACCAUUUGGGUUCCUCUUUCUGUUCGGGCUUUAUGGAGAGGGAGAGAGGCUCCAAGAGCUCGUGAAAUCCAUAUGGAGCUUUGCAUCAAGAUUGGCCGAAAAUGUGAAGGACUGCAAGGUUAUUAUUAGUGAGCUAGGGGUCUCUGAUCCUCUAAUAGAGCAUGUGCCCCAAGAAUCCUCCAUGUCUUUCAUCAAUGACCUCUGGUACCUGAAGAAAGUGAAUGACAUCGCUGAUGACAGCGAGGAACCUGUGGUCAUGGGGCAAGUAACAGGGAAUGUAUUUGUUGAUCCAAGAGACUUUUAGCACACCGUAUAAACCUUAAUAAUCUUAAAACUUAGAGUUGCAUAACUUGUAGCU